CCGCGGAGCUGGGCGGCUCUCUCGAGCGGGGUGCCCCUGUCACCUGCAGGGGCCAGCGCCCCCGAGCCUGCGUUAUCGUCUGUGCAGCGAGGGAAGAGCGGUGCAGCUUGCUGCAUCCCCUCCGCUCAUGUAAUGCACUCCCUGAACCAAGAAAUUAAAGCAUUCUCCCGGAAUAAUCUCAGGAAGCAAUGCACCAGGGUGACCACGCUAACUGGGAAGAAAAUUAUAGAAACCUGGAAAGACGCCAGAAUUCAUGUUGUGGAAGAAGUAGAGCCGAGCGGUGGGGGUGGUUGUGGCUAUGUGCAGGACCUUAGCUCGGACCUGCAGGUUGGCGUUAUUAAGCCCUGGUUGCUUCUGGGGUCACAAGAUGCUGCUCAUGACCUGGAGGUACUGAGAAAGUACAAGGUGACUCAUAUUCUCAAUGUUGCAUAUGGAGUUGAAAAUGCUUUCCUCAGUGAGUUUACAUGUAAGACCAUUUCUAUACUGGAUCUGCCUGAAACCAAUAUCUUGUCUUAUUUUCCAGAAUGUUUUGAGUUCAUUGAACAAGCAAAAAUUAAGGAUGGGGUUGUUCUUGUACACUGUAAUGCAGGGGUUUCCAGGGCUGCUUCAAUUGUCAUCGGUUUCCUGAUGAAUUCUGAAGAAAUGUCUUUUGCCAGCGCUUUUUCUUUGGUGAAAGAUGCAAGGCCUUCCAUAUGUCCAAAUCCCGGCUUCAUGGAGCAGCUUCGUACCUAUGGAGGGGCCAGAGAGAGGAAUGAAUGCAACAGGGUGCCUGUAGAGGAAAGGGGCAGCAUUUCCGCAGCCGCACCCUAGCAGAUGAUGACACACGGGACUUCUGCAUCGGCCUCUGCCAUCUUGCCUCUGUUUUGGAGAAAUUUGAGUAAAACUUUCCUUUUGUACCGCUUUUUACAAAUGGAAAUGGAAGUUAAUUUGAUUGUCCUGAGCUAGUAUAUGAAUAAAUUUUUAGGUUCUUACCUUUUCUUUGUUGUUGCAAUGUCUAGCUAAGUAUUUCUUUGAAUUACUAAAAGAAAAUGGUAUGUUAGCAAUCACUGAUUUGUGUAGGGCAAAAUUUAAACUUAAAAUCAUUAUUAGGGUAUAGAAGAAUAAGUCAGUUAAUGAAGCCUUGUAGUUUAGUGUUUUCUAGCACCUGCUUUCAUGAAAGAAAAACCUUUGAAGUGCUAAUUGACUUACUAUUUGAAAGUGAAGUAAAAUUUUUUGUAAAGAUAUUUUUAAGGUUAAAAAUAAUACUUCAACCUCCCCAAAGAGUACCAUAAUUAAGGCCUAUAUAAACAUUUUUAUAGGGUCGCAAUAUUCCUAUUAGUUUUAAA